GAGGUAAUUAGCAGAGUAAAAGGUGGGGAAGGUGAAAGAUUCGAAGCCUGGCUAGAAAAAUUUUUGAAAAUAUCGAUUAGCAUGGAACAAGAAAGGAGAAGAAUAAAGGAGGAAACAAAAAUCAGAGAAUCCAAUCUAAGAGAGGAAGAAAGGAGAAAUAUUACACGCUCUUUUAUGCAAAUUGAUAAUGAAGGAAAUGCUUUGGAAGACAAGUAUUUUGCUCAUCUCAAUGAGCCUGUGCCGAAGGUAAUUUCCAAAGAUAUCCCUAAAUAUAAGGAUAAAAAAAUUAAAGCCCUAGUUAUUGAUAUUUUUAACGAAAAUAAGACUCCGAUUGUUAAAGAUUAUGAUAAAGGUCAAUAUGAAUUGAGUAGAACCGAACGAUUACCGAGUUUUGGAAAUAAUGAAGAAAGUAAAUUAAAAGAUGCUAUUGCUUUGUUAGAAAGAAAGCAAAAAUUAUUGGAUGUUUAUGCUCAGCAACAAAAAUUACCUUCUCGCGAGGCCUUGGUGUUAAUUAUUACCAAAAAUAUCAAACAUGCCGAGGAG